AAAACAAGAAAUGUGUGAUUGGAAUCGUUUUCUGCACGAAUUCUGGUGAAGUUUGUGGAAUAAUCGUACGAAAAGCAAGUUCUUUGCAUAAUAAGUGAACUUUAACUUUUUUAUGCAAACAUAUUGAAAAGUAAAAUAAACUACAGUAACGUUCGUGAAAUUGGAUAACAGAUUUCCAUGAAAGUUCGUUCACAUUUAUUUUGAAGUUUUUAAUUUUUCGCUGCAUAGGAUACGCAUCGCAAUCGGCUAUAGAAGCAACAACACUGCCAGCAAGUAUCGCUGAUCAGCCGACGGUGUGUGUACGUUUGUGCUGCCUGCUGCCAUUUUUCGGUGCGUACUUUUGUUGUUGCUCGCCUUGUAUUGCUCGUUAUUUGCUAGCUCGACAUUCCAUAAAAAUCAAGUUGGUAAAAAUCGAAUAAGAAUAUGUUUCUUGAAUGCAUUUCAACGGUGGAAACUGAUUGACCACACCUAAUCGAACAUAAGAAAAAGUAUUAAACAAAAUUUGUGUACUCCUUACGCAGUAUUUACUCGAAAGGCGUGUUUCGCCCGAAUUUGAAAUAGCGAAAAUCGAUUUCGUUUUUGGACUCGGGUGCUGUGAAAAGUUCGCCAGCGAAUUGAGAUAAAAACGAUCUAGCAGGAGCCUCAAGACAUCUGCGAUAUGGAGAAAUUAAAAGUCAAAACUAUAGGUGUGCUACGUGAGCGUGAAGGUGUUACAAAUGGCAAUGGAAAUGGCGUUUGUCGUGUGGUGACACUUACCUCUGCGAUUGCUGAUAGUGGAGGCAAUGUUGCUGUUGUUGCAGGUCGUGCUGAAGAUGGGAAGAAUGACGGUGGUGGAAGUGGUGGCAAUUGUGUCCCAGCUAACCGCCCCACCACUGCAGCAGCGCUUGUGCGUCAGUUACCUAAAAUGUCUGCCUCGGAUUUGGCCGGAAUAUUGAAUUGUAAACGUCGUUUGGAAUGGACAAAAGAGUGGUUGAAAAAGAACCAAACAGAGUUUUUGAGCAAAGAAAAUCUACGCAAAGAAAUACAAUUCCGUAGUAAUGAGAUAUAUCACUUUAAUUGUUUUUUCGACAUAACGGAGCGACAGUUCAGAUACUUGGUGAAUAACCUAUCACCAGUUAUAAGUUCCUAUGAGCCGCAUCGGAAGAAGAAAUCAUUUAGUGCAGAGGAGAGAAUUGCUAUAACGCUAAAGUAUUUGGCCACGGGUGAAGUACAUUCAUGUCGUAACUAUUGCUUCCGUGCCUCGAAACCUGUGAUACUAAAAAUGAUAGCCAAUAUAUGCCUCAAUAUAUACGAAUUACUCAAAGACUUAUUUGUCUCACUACCAAAGACUGAUGAGCAAUGGCAAAAUGUGGCUAACGAGUUUCAACGCAAGCACUGCAUGCCAAAUUGUGCCGGUCAUCUGGCUAUGCAACAAAUCAGAUUCCAUUCUUCAUCACGUGCCGAGGAACAAAUUGACUUUAUUAACAAACAACCACUCAUCUUCACAUCUAUUGUAGAUAGUAAUAAUAAUUUCCUGUAUACUGAUAUUGAAAAGACUCAAGCGGGAGCUAUCGAUGAAAUUUAUGAAAAAUCCACAAUUAGACAGAUGAUUGAAACUUAUGAAGUAAAACUGCCAGUUAGUUAUGAAGCACAGGAUGGCAGUAUUGAUCAAUCCUAUUAUUUUGCAAGCAAAUGUGGCCUGCCUCUGAAGCCCUAUCUGCUGAGCGGAGCCGCUGAUGUGCCAAAUGACUCACGAGUUAAUUACAAUAAUAUCAUGAAUAUGGUUAACAGACAUACCGAAAACGCGUUACGUAUGCUAGCCAACAUAUUUCCCAUAUUGUCGCAACCCUUGCGCAUAGAUGAGGAGAACGGACGUAAAAUAAUACUCGGUUGUGUGGCCUUGUAUAACUUUCUGCGAAAGACAGACCGCACAUUCUAUAAACAAACUGAAAAGAUCACAUUG